UUCAGAGCCAUCAAGAGUUAAGUGUGGCGCGACCGUUGCACGUUUGGGUUCCAACUUUUUUCUCUAUUGUCAACCUGAGUUAUUGCCGUAAUCUGUCGUUUCAAAGACUGCGUGGUGAUGCGAGUGGCCGCGGGAGGGCGGGCAGGAGGGCCUCCCCCUCUGAUGUUGGCGACAGCGUUCGCACUGCUGGUGUCUUCGGCUCAGCUCUGUGAGAUGUCGUCCAGUAUGAGUAGAGAUUUAGCCCCGCAGCAGAAAUCCGGCGACGUGUCUCCAACGGAGGAAUUGGUUCGUCUGGCUAAGGAGAAGGCAGACGCCAUGUACAUGCAACAAAACAGUUCAUUUGUUUUCUCUAAUCCGUCGAGCGAAUUCCCAACCAGGGCAGAAAGGAGGAAGUCCUUGGGUUCAGGUGUAAUACAGCGCCAAGGUCGAGAUAUAUGUUCACAUAAAAAUAUUUCUUCAAUGCAGCAAUUUUUGCAGUAUUCCAAAGAGUGCUUAAAGUCUGUGAGUGGCGUCUCAAAAAGAGGCAGUACACUCCAGUUAUGUUUCAAUAAAUAUCGGCAAAUACAUAAAACGCCACUUGCUCCUACGCCAGUUAAGCAUUACUUAAGCAAAGGGAAGUAUCUGAAAAUCUUCCACCAGCGGGACUUCAUUGACGUCUGCCUCCCAUUGUUCAGGCAAUAUGGUAAAUGUGAAGAGAAGAGAUACUCUACGUUUUGCGUGGAGAGUGGGACUCUCUUCCUGCACACUCGCUGGUGCCAGAGGCCCUCAGAAGAGGACAAAUAUUUCGAGGUCCUCUGGGCCGUGUCCCUGAUGAAAAACGACUACGAAUGCUUUGACCACAUAUGUGAUGGCUCAUAUAGGGUCAUUGUACGUGAAGUGAACGAUAUCGUCGUCCAAUUGUUACGACUUGACCAAGGAUCUACUAGCAGAGCGUGCGGUUACCUUUACAGGAAUCAGGAAAUUAGAAAUAAUGUUAAUGUUAACAUGACCACUGUCUGGACAAUGAACAUUUUCUCCCCCUGCUGUUAUUCUUUUUACCAAGUCACGUGGAUGGGGCUCCCUGAGGAGAAAGGACUCAACAGGUUCUGGGAUUACCUCCCUCUGUCGUGUCGCGUUGGAGAGAUUGUCAUGGCGACGUCGGUGGCGUUCAUAGGCGUGUCCGGAACGAUCGGGAACCUGCUGGUGGUGACGGUGAUUCUGAGAAGCGACCACAGGAGCGAAGAGUCCAGCAUCCUCCGCACCUCACUCGCGUUCGCGGACUUGUUUACCAGCGUCUUCGUUGUCAUCCCGGCCUUUUAUGAUCAUCUGCUACCGAUCAUGGGACACCUCGAAUUCAAUGAAUACAGUGUAACGGUACACGAGACAAUGCAAACUGUAGUGCUCUUAAACUAUGAACACCUUAAAGCAGUAAAACAUGGUUAUCACUUAUUUCAAGGUUUAGUAUUUGGGGUGUGCUCGUUCGUUUCUCUCCUCACGCUCUUUUUGCUGAGUGUCGAGAGAUUUAUUUUAUCGGGGCGCGUACAUCGCUAUCAGCAUUACUUCACGGUCCCUCGGGUCAAGAUCGCCAUCUUUUUGAUUUGGUCAGUGGCCGUUAUAGACACCCUCUUCUACAUGUAUGAUGGAGAUGGUUCGUUCUCGGUGACGUGGUCGAGCAUACUUAAGUUGCCCAUUUCUACAUCUUUUAAAAAAAUUGGAGAGGUGUUGCGAUGGAGUUACUCCCUCCACAUAGUUGUGUUGUCGAUACUAUGCAUCUUGACUGUGAUAACUUCCUUGGUGUCAAUUGGCACCUUUGUGCAGGAACAAGCGAAGGUCGUAGCAGGUUGGAAGGAACGGAACAUGAGGGUUUCAGGUCCGUAUCAGAAGGAAAAUCGCCAGAUCCUAGCGACAAUGUGCAUUCUCACUUUCCUCUUCAUGGUGUCGACUAUUCCCUGCGGCGCGUACAUCGUCGUGAACCUGACGGACGCCUUCUUCGUCCAGGAGGACCUUUUGCGAUACCUGGGCUGGUGGACGUUCCUCUCCGGGUGCUCAUGGAACCCUUGGGUCUACAACAUGCGGAGUCGCCAGUUCCGGCAGGAGGUCGUCGAGGUUCUGCGGGCGAUGCUUCCCCUGUGGCUGAGGAGGAGGGCGCAGCGACCCGAGGCGGCCGAGAGGCAGAGGGAGAGGAGGAGGGCUCAGAUGAGGAUGCUGAGGAGGCUCGAACUCGUUGAUUAGAGUCUGCAUCAACUUGAGUUUACGAUUAAUUUUGUUAGUAUCACUUUAUGCUUUAGUAAAUAACGAUUAUGACUGAUUUAACUACGAAUUAUGUUUAAAAGAGUACUUUUGGUGUCAAGCCUAAUAAAUAUCUUGUACCAAGUCGUAUCUGAGUUUAUAUGAUAUGGUCUCUUAUAGUACAUAAUACACAAAGUUUUUUUCUGAUAAUUACAUUGGGGAUGAAUUAAAAACAAUAGGUAAAUUACAUAAGGAUUUUAUGAUACUACCUCAUAAAGCUUCAAAAAGGAUACGGUCUGAAAUUCUGGUUCCUAUAUGCAACAGAUAUGGAAAUACACCAGUGUACUUGUUUAAGAAAUAAUAGAGAUUAAGAUUUUCAAAAGAUAUUAAAAUUUGUA